AUGCUUUCAUAAAGCAGUAGUAGAAAUCUUUUGGAGAACCCAAUAGGACCUGUUUUGCGACAUGAUUCUAAUCCUUACAAAAGUUAUGAAAAAGAUCGGUCGCCUUCGAGAUUAUCGAUUGAAUCUGAGCAGUAGCUUAAGAGAAAUAAUAGUGAUGGUAUAAAGAUGAGUGUUCACGACAUGGGAGAAAAAAAGAAAACUAUAAAUUUUAAUAUUGCCAGAAGGAAAUCCACAAGACCAUAAUAAGUAAGAGUGUUGUAAAAUAAAAGUCAAACAAGCGCAAAUCAGAUUAAGCAAGAAAAUUCGAAGGAUUGUCAAUCUUAAGAACCAUGCAACAGAAUUAGCUCAUUUAAAAGUUUGCAAAUACACUACUAAUGAAAUCAUACAUUUUAUCUAGACAUAAUAAGUACCUUCUAAAUUAAGAAAGCUACAUGCAAUCUAAGGUUGAUAAAACAAAAUACUAAAGUAUAAAUAUUGUAAUAAUAAAACAGAUCAAAAUUAAAAUAGUACUACCAAUAUAUUUGCUCCAGGGAGUCAACUAGUGAUGGUGUGGGAUGUGAGUGCCACAUUCUUCCAUUGUUUUAGUUUAUGGCUCUGUCCAUUUGUAUCAUCUUUUGUAGAUGAUGAUAGUUAUAGUGCAGCAGAGAUGUUUUUGAUCAUUCACAUCAUAAUUGACAUCAUUAUCAAUUUGAAUAGACCAAUAAUGAUUUAAGGAGAAAUUAUUUUCGAUAAAUUAGAAAUUAUAUCACAUUAUUUUAAAGGACAAUUGGUGGAAGAUCUCAUAAGUUUAACAAUGUGGUUUUUGAUGUAUUUUGAUUUCAAUAAAAUACCUGUCACUAAUGAGAUUAUAACUGUGAUACUCUUAACGAUUACCAUUUUAAAAGUAAAACGAAAUUAUGAAAAUUUUAUAGAAUCUCUAUAUUUAUAAGGGGCUGUCAAUUAAUUGGUUGAUCUGAUAACAUUAAUUAUGAUGAUCUACUUCUUUGCUCAUUUAAUGGCUUGUGUAUUUCAUCAUGUCGGUGAUAUCACAUCCGACUCUCAGAAUUGCUGGUUAAUACAUUAUAAUCUUCUGCACAAGCCCAUCUCAGUCAAAUAUAACCAUUCUUUUUAUUGGGCUACUAUGACAAUGGUCACUGUUGGUUAUGGAGACAUUACACCUCAGAAUGAAGCAGAAUUGGUUACGGUCAAUUUACUAAUGUUGCUAUCGAGUUGCAUGUUUGGGUACUCGAUGAGUUCUAUUGGAAUGAUUCUAAAGAGCAUUUAGGAUGCUAAGUAUAAAUGCAAACGAUCUCUCAUUCUAAUGAAUUCGUAUAUGAGAUAGAGUUAAGUGGAUUUAUAGAUUUAGAGUAGGGUAAGAGACUUCAUUAAAUACUAAGUUGAAAUGGAAUCAAAAGAAAAUAAUGAGGAUGUCAAUCAAAUUAUUAAUGAUUUGCCCAAUUAAUUGAAGUAGGAAUUGUAAACUAAUGUAUAAAUGAACAUCAUGCAAAAAAUUAAAAUAAUAACUACCCAAUUUACUAAGCAAACCUAAUCGGAAGUGUCCUAGAAUCUCUUAUAACUUAAAUUCACACCUGGAGACUACAUUUAUCACCAAGAUUAGUUUGACAACAACUUGUAAUUAUUAAACAAUUUAUUUUCUAGAUAUUAUAUAAAAGAAGGACAAAUUUAAAUUACAGAAGAAAAGAGUGGAAAAGUAUUAUAAAUAAUUAAAUCUUCUAGUACUUUUGGAGAAUAUUCAUUUUUCACUGGCCUUACUACUAAAACUUGUGCAUAAAGCAUAGGAUUCUCUGAAGUUUAUUAAAUCAAAAGAGACAUAUUCCUAAAAAUUAUAAAAAGUUCCAAUAAAGAUUUUGAGAGGUUUCACAAUAUCAAAGACAAUUUGAUCCUUAAUUCAAAUUAUUUUGUGAUCUUUUAAAAUUGUAACUUCUGUAAAAUGUAUAAUCACUCAAAUAUCGAUUGUCCUCUACUCAACUAUAAGCCAGAUCCACAUAUCCUAUCCAUAAGAGAACAAAGGAAAUACCCAUUCUAAUAUAGGAAAUCCUUUAUGAGAAUGGGAAAUAAGAUAAAAUCCUUAUUCAUUCAGUAACAAAUUACCAAGGCAGUAGAAGACUUUUUGGAAAAGCAAAGCACAUUCCACGAAGUAAUCAGAGAAAUCCAGAAGCAUUCAGAGGAAAGUCCUCAUACCUAACAACAAUAAACAGUUUAAAUCGAAGUCAAGGGCACCGAAGAUCAAGCUAUUGAAAUUUUGGGAUCUCAACUAAAUCCUUCUAGUACUGCUGCAACCAUUAACGGACCUCCGUCAUUAGCUAUGACGAGAGGGAAAUCAAGCAGAUAUGUUUUUAAUCCUUCUUCCAAAGCGUCUCAUCCCAAAAAUUACUUUGUUAUGGAGAAUAAUCAUAUGGACGUGACUAAGGAACUUAUAUUAAAGGAAAACUCAUUUAUUUACUAUCUUUAUUUCAUUUACUAAUUUCACUCUAAUGAGAUAGAUCAGAUUAAAGAAUAUCAGAAUUACAUGCCCCAAAAUAAUUGUUCCAAUUCUAUCAAAUAGAGAGACAGAUUUGUUGAUAAAAAAACUGCUAUGCAAGCGACAGAUAUGGUUGGUCAAUCCAAAACCUUUAUUAGUAUUAGGAAUAGAGAUUUGCACUAACAGUAAACCAUUUAUCCUCACUAUUGAUAUCCGAAUAUCGUG